AUGCAGACAUGGAGACACUGGAGAUGGCUCAAUGUGGCAGCAAGAGAGGUCCCCGGUGUCAUUGGCAGCCUGAGGGGUGAUGAGAGCAGGAACACGCAGCCCAUGGUGACUGGCGGCAAAAGUGGGAGCAGGCAGCCUGCGGUGACGGGCAGCGAGGUUGAGAACAGGAACAGGCAGCCUGAGGCAGCCAGCAGCGAGGGCGAGAACAAGAACAGGCUACAAGGACAGCGGGAGCCAGUAGCCCAGAGUGGGAGAGGUCAAGCCUUUCGGAGGAAUGCAACCCAGUGUAACAAAGCACUUAUGGACUGUGGUGUUAAACCCUUUCCUGAGCAUUCAUCAGCUCAAUUUACAUUGUCAGGAGAAUACGUGCUUGGAGGCUUGUUCCCUAUUCAUCUUACUCCAUUGGAUGAUGUUGAUCGAUUGAAGCCUGUUGUUCCGAAAUGUGAAAAAUCAAAAUUCAGAACAAAGAUGUUCACUGCCUUCCAAGCAAUGAAAUUUGCUGUUGAGGAAAUUAACAACUCAACUGAUUUGUUGCCAAGCAUCACUCUCGGUUAUGAUAUUGCUGACAGUUGCUUUGAGGUUGUGGACAUCCAAGCCACAUUCAGGUUCCUUUCAGGCAAGCGAGGAUCAGAGCUGAAGAUAUUAAGCAAUUACACAGUUUACCAACCCAAGGUAAUUGCUGUCAUUGGACCACCUUCAACAGAUGUAUCAAUUACCAUUGCCAGGUUGUUAGGUUUCUUCCUUGUUCCUCAGAUCAGCUACCAGGCAUCUGGUGAGAUUCUGAGUGAUAAAAUGCGUUUCCCAUCAUUUUUCCGGACCAUUCCAAGUGACAAGAACCAAGCAAAAGCAAUGGCACUACUGAUACAGGAAUUUAACUGGAAUUGGAUUGCUGUUAUUGGGAGUGACAAUGAAUACGGGCGCAAAGGGGUUAACAAAGUUGUAAAACUGACCUCAGCAGCAGGAAUCUGCAUUGCGUAUCAGGGUAUCAUCUCUUCCUCCCCUGAGCUUGUUAUCCAAAUGAUCAACAAUAUCAGUAACAUUGUCAAUGUCACCGUACUUUUUUCCAAUGAGAUAAUGGCGCAGGUAUUUUACAAUCUUGUCGUGGCACAAAAUCUCACCUCCAAAGUAUGGAUCAUAAGUGAAGCUAUUUCUUUAUCACAAGAAUUAACAAGCAUACCAAAUAUUGAGAGUAUUGGGGUGGUUAUGGGUAUAGCAAUCAAGGAAGGGCAGAUGGCACAUUUUGAAGAGUUCCUGGACAAACCUUGGAGUCUUAGUAACCCAAGAAUGUUGCCAGAUUCAGAGUUGGGAAAGCAUAACCACAGUAGAGGCAGCUAUGAGCAGGCAUGCAGCCAAUUUAAUUGGCUGAAUGCCAAGUAUUUGAACUCUUCAUUAUCCAGACUGGAAAAGCGGCUUUCAUACAAUGUGUACUUGGCUGUGUAUGCUGUUGCCCAUGCAUUGCACAAUCUCCUCCAGUGCAAUGCAGCACAAUGUGAGAAAAAACAGAGAAUCCUUCCCUGGCAGGUAGGUGUAUGUUAUUGGUGCGAUACUCUUCUUUUGCACAACAGUAAAAAAAUAAAAAAAACAAGUAGAAGGAGGAAAUUAUAGGCUCAAAAGCACUAGUCCUUUUUUAAAAUCACAUCUUCUCGAUAAAUAUUUCAUCAUGUUUAACUUCUCAUAAUAUCACUCACUUCACCUGCCAGCCUCACCGUGUCCCUGAAACCCAUCUCACCGUAUCUCAGUUGUUUGUCCCUCCAGGUACACACCUGUCACUUCAACCCAUUCUAACGGCUUUCACUGUCCAUCCCUAGGAACUUUUCCCCUGUGGUCUUAUCUAAC